UCAUAACACUCGCGUAUUCCGGCUGUCCACUCGAGUUCCCGUGCAUCCAAGUCAAAAUCAUUAGACUCAUCGCAAGCCUCAACUUCUGCUUAAACUCCGACGACCUCCACCACCGCAACCGUUCUCGGCGGAUCUCCAACGAUGGCGGCUCUGAGGCCAUCGAUCGUCGUCGUAAUGCUUUGGACUGUAUGGUCCUUGGCCGAGUCGAGCAGCGACACGAACACCGUCUACUCGCCUUGCUCGGACACAAAGGUCCAGCGCUCCGACGGGUUCACCUUCGGGAUCGCCUUCGCGUCCCGGACUUCGUUCUUCUCCAAUGGAAACAACUCGGUGCAGCUUUCGCCCUGUGACAAGAGGCUUUCGCUCUCAUCCAACUCUCAGCUUGCUCUCUUCCGCCCCAAGGUCGACCAGAUCUCUCUCCUCACCAUCAACACCUCCAACUUCUCUCCGGAUUCUUAUGGUGGGUAUAUGGUUGCAUUUGCUGGUCGAAAAUAUGCUGCAAGAUCUCUUCCUGCUUUCGUCGCAAAUGGCACAUACACAGUAACCAGCUUUACUCUUGCUCUUGAAUUCAAGAAGGGUAGGCUGCAGAACUUUUAUUGGAAGAGAGAUGGCUGUGCUAAAUGCUCAGGCGACUCCAACUUUGUGUGCCUCAACAAUCAAGACUGUGCAAUCAAAACAAGCAGUUGUAAGAACCAUGGGGGUUCUGUCGACUGUAGCAUUGGGAUACAAAUGGCUUUCUCUGGCACCGAUAAGCACGAGGCAGUUUUCAACUCGUGGUAUGAAGUGAAGAACCUUCGGCAGUACUCCCUCUAUGGCCUUUAUUCCAAUCUCAGGGAUUCUCUAACCGGUCAGUAUAACAAAAUCUUCUAAUUGUUUCUGUAGAUUUCACCGCAGGUAACUGUUGUUAGUUGCUUUGUGUUGCCCUCUUGUUUAGUAGUUGUCUUUUCUGUUAGUGCUUUAAAUUUAAUUGCAAUCAGUCACUUUCAUCCUCCGUUCUUCUUCGGGAGUUGGAUCAAAGUUGUGUAAAUUUCUAUAUUGAAAAUGGAUUUGUUGUGAUCAUUAUUAACAGAGGUGUUAUCGGAUUCCUAAUGUUUUAUCAUAAGGGCCAUUGGAUUCUCUA